GAAAGAAAGAAACGGGUGUGGGCAAAGGCAGUUCAGUCAAACUCUUGAAUUGAUGGGGAAUGGAGACAACAGCAGCACUUGCAAUCCCGCUAUUUUACCUAAUCAGCAAUCUCAUUCAAGCUUCAUGCCAACCAGAUUUGAUAAAUUACUUUCCUUACCUGGCGUCAAUACAACUACAUGGGAGACACGCUUGCUCUGGCGCCUUAAUUUCCGAAAAUUGGCUGCUGACUGCGGCCCACUGCGUUGAAGGGCAACUAGAGCCAUGGUUGUCGAUUAGACUGGGCAGCAGCUCUCAGUACAAAAGCGGACAAGUCUCAAAGGUCGAAAUAAUCCAACUGCACCCCCGCUACAACCCUUUGAAUCUAGAUUGCAAUAUCGCACUUCUCAAAAUGGAGAGUAAGAACGUCACUGAAAACUCGACCAUUCAACCAAUAAAGUUGGGAAGCUUUCAAAGAUUAGGAGAGUGGAAAAUCAAACCUCAAAUACCAAUGUUAGCAGUUGGAUGGCCACCAGAUGCAAUCUUGAGCACAAGUAGAUUCCAUUCAUUUGGGCAAAAGCUCAGGGCCCUCGGAGUGCAUUCAGUGGACCAAGGAUAUUGUGAUGAAGAGUAUCUGCCAUUUGGAGGUUUGACAAACAGAAUGUUUUGCGUCAAAACAAGUAUUCCGACGGAAUCACUCUGCAAUGGUGACGGCGGAGCUCCUCUGAUCAUCGACAAUAGAUUGGUUGGACUUAUCUCACAUAGCCAAGGAUGCUUGUUGUCAAGAGUGCCGACAGUGGCCACCAAAGUGCCCUAUUUUAGCAACUGGAUCCGCAGCGUAACGGGAAAAUCAUAAAAUAUACUAGAAGAAAUGACGUAGAGUGAACCUCCAGUUUAUUCAACUAAAAUAUCAAACACUGCUGCUGUCAUCAAAUAAUCAUGUUCAACAAAUCAUCAAGUCUUGAUAGAAACUGCUUACAAUAAUUUCAAGAAAUAUAUACAUGCGUGGCAAUAAUAAAUUAAGCCCGUUGGAGAUUUUUCGCACACAACGCAUAUAUAGCAAAUAUAAGAAUAAUUAAUCCUCAUAUAAUUAAUUUGACUAUAUCUACAAAUAUGGUGAAUAUACAUUUAUGUAUAACUCAGAUAAUACUUUUCCGCUGUAUGUAACAAUACUUUGAUUAUGCUUAUUAACUCAUAUUACACAACUUUGAGAGUCUGGCGGGGCUGGUGAUUUCAUCUAAAUUAGAAGCAGACAAGUCAAGUGCCAAGAAAAUGCCCCAUAAUUUUCAAAGGUAUUUGAAGACAGACAUAUAUCUUUUUAGCAAUAAUACGUAUAUAUAAUGUGUGUAACUAGAAAUACAUUUCACUCCAUUCAUCAAAAAGACAAAAAUAGACUUUCAAUUUAUUUGAAUGGUUGCGCAUAUCCUUGCAA